AUGCAAAGCCGCAAAGAGUCGCGCUUCUGUCAAGCUGUCGACUGGUCGCCCACCGUACCUCUGCUGACGCUGGCUGAUGCCGUUAACGGUAUCAUUGCCUGCCUGCCAUAUCCUACUCCCACUGGUAUACCUUAUUUGGUCUAUAUUCCUAUAUUCCUUUGUGCACCCCAUUUCUGCCAUAAGGAUAAACCAAUGAGUACUAAUCGGUGUUCGUGUUCUUGUCAGCCACCUGACCGCUACCACUAG